UUCCCCCUAUGUCACGCUUUUUAUAUGGGACCUCUGAAAUUUUUGAAUGGGUCGUGACACUUUGGUGAACUCCCCUUCCUCUCAAAGCGUGACGUAAUUUAUGAACGUUCCCUAAUUUAAGUACAUAUUAUCUAUCUUUUUGCAUUGUGCACUAGCUUGCAACGUCAUAACGCAACGAUGCGAGGAACUAGGAACUCACUCACGGUCCUACAUUGACAUUCCAACUGAACGAGGCGAGGACGCUAAGUAACCAUAGCGACAUGCUUCACAUACAAAGCAUGUUGCUUUAAUGUUUGCCCAAACGUGUUAUUUGUAAGAUUACAAAGUCCAUUUCAGACAGUUCUACAUUAAAUCCCAUUGAAAAAUUAUCCUGAAGUGUUAUCACUUUCUAAACAUGAGUGAGCUAAACUCAAUAAAUUCAAUGGAACCGGACACCAACGAAACAAUCCAGGAUAUCGCCAUGAAACUGGUAACGGAGCAGAUGAAACAAGAAUCCAGCCUGACUGGGGGACCUAGCGAACGUACCGUUUUUGUCCUCGGUAGUAAGGGAGCGGGUAAAUCGACUCUCAUCAACCGAUUCCUGGAUCGAGACGAUAUCACGCGUCCCACGUUGGCACUGGAAUAUUCAUUCGGACGGCGUACUGCUUCCGGACAGGGUGCUCAGAAAAAUAUCUGCAACGUUUGGGAGCUCGGCAGCUUGGUCAAUUCCAAUCAGUUGAUCGAAGUGCCGGUACGGUCUCAUGGUUUGGCUACGUUUGCUGCCGUGAUUGUCCUAGAUUUGUCCCAACCGGAUCGACUUUGGACCGACUUGCAGUGCAUUCUGAAUGGUUUGAAGCAGGCAAUCAGUAAAAAUUGUUCCGCUAAGGAGGUAACAGAAAUGAAGGAGCGUAUGAAACAGAAGGUGGGAAUUGAUCACGAGGAUUUGAACACGCUUGAAAUUCUUCCAUUUCCGGUUAUAAUCGUGGGAGGAAAGUACGAUGCAUUUCAGAAUGUUGAUUCGGAAAUCAAGAAGCACGUGUGUCGCUGUUUGAGGUCGAUCUCCCAUGCAAUAGGGGCUGCACUGAUAUUCUACACUUCCAAGAAUGCAUCACUAUCUAAGAUGAUUAGAGAUGCGAUGAACCAUCUAGGGUUUGGUAGUCCAUCGAACCCAUUCAAAGCAACGGCACUGGAUCACAAUGGCCCUUUGGUGGUUCCUUUCGGAGGAGACUCGUGGGAAAAGAUUGGUGUGACGCCCACCAAUUCGGAGCGCAUAGGAAUGAACUACAGUGCGCAGAUUCCUCAGGUUGGAACCGAAAAGGUCGCUAUUCCGGACGAUCCGGCGAAGGAUGGUGGCUUUAAGGAACGCGUUAUUGACGAGCUCAGAGCUCAGAAGGAUGAUGAACUCAUGCGACUGCUCAAGGAUACGGAAAUACGGAUGAAGUUUGAAGCGGUGCAGUAGGAAUGAAAAUGUGUCAGAAAAGUAUAAUAAACAGCAGUACCUAAAAUAGGUUAAUCUUUUAAUAUGCAUUCCGAACAAUAUGAUAAUUUUAUACUGUAUACGGUAAAAUCAUGGACCUAUUUUAGAUAGUUAUUUUAAUCUCCCAUUUAUUCUUUAAAAACAAGAAGACACAACAUAUAUAUUCAUAUGUGUGCAUCAUAAUCAUUCAA